AUGGUCAGUACCCCUGAGAUAGUACAUCGAACAGCACCGGAUGGGGGCUGGGGUUGGGUUGUGGUGUUUGGAUCGUUUAUGAUCAGUCUUAUAGGCGAUGGCUUUUCUUACACUUCGGGUCUGUUUUACGCCAAAUUCUUAACGGAAUACCACGAGUCAGAGGCAAUCACUUCAUUAUUUGACUCCAUUAUGACGGGAAUGAUCUAUUGCUCAGGGAUAGGCGUUUGCGGGUCUGGUAUAGGAAUAGCUAUAUUCGCGUUACUGUCGGACCACUUGAUAGAGACGUACGGCUGGAAGGGAGCGAUGCUUCUGUUGUCGGGCCUUAUGUUCAGUUGUGUCGCCUUUUCGUCGCUCUUCCGGAAAGUGGAUUACAUGGAGGAGAAGAGUCACCUCAAGACAGCCCUCACUGAGACCUUUGACUUCCAUAUCCUUACGGAUGUGGUGUUCGUAUACUUCGCUUUC